CGACUCUCUGCGCACGGCGUGCCUGCUGACCUGCUCGCUGGUGACGAUGUCCGCCAGCGCGUCCAGCAUGAUCACCAGCGCCGCCACGGACGCGCUCGCCAGCAAUUCCAUCGUCGAGAAAGGGGUCCGAGGUCUGGUCGCGUGGCUGGUCCUGGUGACUCCCGCCUCGAUCUUGUGUGCCUUGUCUUGCUGCUCUGCGCUCUACUUCUUCCACCUGAGCGGACGCAAGCGCCACACGGCUGAGGAGGUCAACGAAAUCUGCGUCACGGCUGCCACCAGGCUGAGCAGGAUGGGGCCCAUCGAGAGCAACGACCUCGUGAUAGCUUACUGUCUGGUGGGCUACAUCGGUUUCAUGAUACUGGGCCCAGUUUUCCGGUACAGCACAAGCGAGAACUUGCUGUCGUUCCUGAGCUUCCUCCUGGUGGCCGGCAGCGCCAUGCCGGUGACCAUCCGGCGGUUCUGGGAGAAGGAGAGGCGCAUGCUCGUCUGGGCGACAGUGUCGCGGGACCUGCCGUGGGCCGUCGUCAUCGUCAACAGCACCGUGCAGCUGGCCACGCGCGUCGCCGAGAACAACAACCUUCUGGAGAUCGGCUUCGACUCGCUGGGCUCGGAGUUCUGGAAGCACAACUCUCCGCUCGCCAACCAGCUGCUGCUGGGCGCCAUCGGCAGCGUGCUGGCCGAGGUCGCCGACAACGAUUCGCUGAACGUCGACCUUAUGCCCUUCGUCGUCAAAAUCGCCAAGGUGACCUCGGUCGAGCCGUGGCUGUACGUGGUGCCGGCAGCUCUGGGCGCCUGCACCAACAUGAUCUUGCCCAUCCACCUGCCGAUGAUCGUCGCCCACGAAGUGGUCGACGUGCCCAUUCUACAACUGGUGCUGAUUGCAACGAUCGCAAAAGCUGUCAUCGUCUUGACGUCGGUGCUCUCCAUCAACACCUAUGGCGUCUACCUGCUCGACUGGGCCGCGCCGGAAGCGAACAGCACGAACCUCUUCGAGUGAGCGAUGUCCCUGAGGCAUCGCCCGAGUGACCGCCACCACGGCCACGUCAAGGGGACCCUUCCUCCUCGUUUUUUUUGUUUUUGUUUUUAUUUUAUUUUAAGGGCUAGCAAUUUGCCGUAUACUAUAGCAAGUGACAACUAUGUUAAUGUGUCUUUUUUUUUAAAUACUCAAAUAUACCUAAUAGUGCGAUAAUCUUUUAAGUGAAUAAAAUAUGAAAGGCGCA